AUGUUUCGUAGACAGGAGUCGACGUGGCCAAAUCGGUGUUGUCGCCGAAACUGGUUUGGCUCAAUGGAUAGAGUGUUGGCUUGGGGACUGAAGGGUCCCGGACCCAGUGCGGCCGCCGUAGGGCGGUGUGGCAAGAUGGCGGCUCCCGUUCUAGCAGGCGCGGUGAGAGUAGCGUCAGGAAUCUUACGACCACUGAAUGUUUUGGCGUCUUCAGCCUAUCGAAACUGUGCCAAGAAUGCCCGUCUUAGUUCUGCACUGUCCACCCGACAUCUUUGUCAUAUUCAGACUCCAGUUGUUUCCUCUGCGCCCAGACUUAUGACAUCUGUCAGAAACCUGGCCUGGGGGCAUACUGGAACAAUCCUCAGUAGAGUGGCCCCCCUGCUUCCCAGUGCCCUGAAGCCACCGGCCAGAACUGUGACGUACUACAGUGGGCGCAAGGGCAAGAGGAAGACUGUGAAAGCUGUCAUCUACCGGUUUCUCCGGCUUCAUUCUGGCCUUUGGCUGAGGAGGAAGGCUGGUUAUAAGAAAAAAUUAUGGAAGAAGACGGCUGCAAGGAAAAAGCGCCUGAGGGAAUUUGUGUUCUGCAAUAAAACCCAGAGUAAACUCUUAGAUAAAAUGACGACGUCGUUCUGGAAGAGGCGAAACUGGUACGCUGACGAUCCUUACCAGAAGUACCAUGACCGCACAAACCUGAAAGUGUAG